AUGAUCUCCAGCAUCACCGACUACGAAAGCACUAGGCAGCUGGCACCCAAAUUUGCCGCUAUAUAUCUCCCUUUACAUAAGUUAGCCUCCUGCUUCAUUUCAUUCCGGAAUCUUUAUUUCUAUCUCCUUCAUUCCUCUAUUCCAGCUCUGUUGUCACUUUUAGAGAAAUUUUUGAAGAAACAUAAAAACUCGGGGUUGAAAGUAAUGGCGAUCGAGCACCCAGUGAAGACCUCUGGAUGGGCUGCAAGAGACACAUCAGGCCAUCUCUCCCCAUUCGACUUCUCCAGAAGGUCCACUGGUGAGAAUGAUGUGCAAUUCAAAGUUUUGUACUGUGGGAUUUGUCAUACGGAUCUUCACAUGAUCAAGAAUGACUGGGGCUUUUCUCACUAUCCUAUCGUGCCCGGGCACGAGAUUGUGGGAGUGGCAACUGAAGUUGGGAGUAAGGUGAAGAAAGUAAAGGUGGGUGACAAAGUAGGCGUGGGUUGCAUAGUGGAAUCAUGUCGCAGCUGUGAAAUGUGUACCGAAGAUCUUGAAAAUUACUGCCCAAAAAUGACAAUGACUUACAGCAGCAUUCACCCCGAUGGGACCGUCACAUAUGGGGGUUACUCUGAUCUGAUGGUUGUGGAUGAGCACUUCGUGCUGCGGUGGCCGGAAAAGUUGCCCCUUGAUGCUGGUGCUCCACUUCUAUGUGCCGGGAUUACUACUUACAGCCCACUGAGACAUUUUGGAUUGGAUAAACCUGGAACCCAUGUUGGUGUUGUUGGCCUUGGUGGGCUUGGCCAUGUAGCUGUCAAAUUUGCCAAGGCUUUUGGGGCUAAGGUGACAGUGAUUAGUACAUCUGCGAGUAAGAAGAAGGAAGCCAUCGAAAAGUUUGGUGCAGAUGCAUUCUUAGUCAGCACUGAUCCUGAGCAGAUGCAGGCUGCAGCUGGUACAAUGCACGGGAUUAUUGAUACGGUUUCCGCUGUACACCCCAUAAUGCCGUUGAUCAAUUUAGUGAAGUCCCAAGGGAAGGUUAUCAUGGUCGGUGCACCUAAUAAACCAGUUGAGUUGAGCACAGUUGCACUUCUGAUGGGAAGGAAGACUGUAUCUGGUAGCGGGAUUGGAGGCAUGAAGGAAACUCAAGAAAUGUUAGAUUUUGCAGCAGAGCACAACAUAGUUGCAGAUGUUGAGGUUAUCAAGAUGGACUAUGUCAACACUGCAAUGGAACGGCUUGCCAAAGGAGAUGUCAGAUACCGUUUCGUGAUAGACGUUGGGAAUUCAUCAUUGAAAGCCUCCUGA